AUGGCUCACUUCGUCACCGCUCUCCUAGCUCUAGCCACGGCCGUAUCCGCCUCACCCAUGGGCACCACGCCCAACACCUCCAGCAUCCUCGCACGCAGCGGCCCCUGCUUCCAGGGCGACUGCCCCGACAACACACAGCACAGCUUCGACAUGGUGUACACCGACGAGAGCGGCUACACUUCGGACUACAUCCGCAUCAACGACUGCCAACAGUGCCUCGCGCACAAGACGGGGGGCGGCGGCGGCGGCUGCUGGGACUUGAAGACCUGCGGCCGCGACCAGACCAUCUGCAUCGACCCCUCCAACUUUCGCGCCCAUCGCAUCUGGCAUGACAACGGGGACAAGUUUUGCUACGGCCUCGACCACUGGGACCUCGGCGCCUGCGACGGCACAAACAUCCGAAACCGCCAGGUCUUCACGCCCAUCAACGAGAGUAGGUGCUAA